AUGAAGCCGGAGAGACGUAACCGGAGAGAAGAUUUGAAUGUGCAUUUUGAAUCUGAAGUCACGCCAGUGAAACCAGUUCAAAAGAAAGUCAACAAGGGAUGUGAAAUCUGCCAAGGAAGCUGUACUAGUGCAGCGGCUUGUAAGAAGUUCCAGCAUCUCGACAUUAGUACGCGAUGGUCAAUGCUUAAGCAAUUUAAGUUAUGUCGCAAGUGCCUGAAAAAACAUUUUGGUGCUUGUGAUGUGAAGAAUCCGUGUGGCAAACAUGGAUGUUCCUACAUGCAUCACGAGCUGCUUCAUGAUGAUGCACGAUACCAGGAUACAGUUCCACCGAAAACAACUCAAACUAGUGAAGUUUCCACACAGAACUGCAACACGCAUGUAGGCCAGUCGGGAACAAUCCUCUUCCGAUAUGUUCCUGUCAUCAUUCAUGGGUAUGGCGUUUCCGUCAAGACAUACGCAUUUUUAGACGAUGGCUCAUCAACUACAUUCAUGGAGCAUAGUCUUUUGAAGGAGCUGAAAUUGGAUGGAAAGCCACACCCUCUCUGCCUAAACUGGACAGCAGAGCAAAAUCGCGAAGAAAAAGAUUCAGUAGAGCUAGCACUUGAGAUUUCAGCAGCUGGAGGAAAAACUAAGCGGUAUCGGAUUCCGGAGGUGCACACUGUUCGUAGUCUUGCAUUGCCACGUCAGACAAUGAAUAUGGAUAAGCUAACAUCGGAGUAUAAGUACCUAUGCGGGCUGCCUAUUGAGUCUUACAGAAACAUUUCUCCAAGAAUACUUAUUGGGAUCGACAAUUGUCGGCUGGGCCACGCGUUAAACAGUCGUGAAGGGCGAGAAGGUGAACCAGUGGCAAGUCGGACGCGGCUCGGAUGGAUAGUUUACGGUCCGUGUUCAACAACAGCGGGAACGUCAAACAAGAGUUAUACGGCAUAUCAUAGUUUUCACAUCUGCUGUUGUAGGGAGCAUAGUGACGCGGAGCUGCACAAGUCCGUAAAAGACUAUUUCUCCCUGGAAAGCAUAGGGGUACUUAACCUAGAUAAAAAGCUGCUAUCGAAGGAAGACGAUCGGGCGAUUCAUAUCCUGGAAUCACAAACCAAACUGAAAGGGAACCGCUACGAAACAGGAUUGCUGUGGAAGUACGAGGACGUGCGCUUGCCAAACAAUGAACAAAUGGCCAUGAAAAGAUUAAUAUGUCUGGAGAAAAGGUUAUCAAAGGAUCCUGAUCUAGCGAAAGCGUUCGAUGAGAAGCUCUGUGACUACGAGCAGAAGGGAUACAUCAAACGACUGUCUCCUGCUGAGAUUCAAUCCAGACACCCUCGAUCAUGGUACCUUCCCAUAUUUCCUGUGCGAAAUCCUAAUAAACCCGGCAAGCUCCGCAUAGUUUGGGAUGCAGCCGCUAAAGUUAACGGUGUGUCGCUGAACUCCGUGCUUUUGACGGGUCCGGAUCUUCUGGUAUCUAUAGUGGAAGUACUGCAAAAGUUUAGAGAAUUUCGGAUUGCCGUGGCCGGUGAUAUUGUCGAAAUGUUCCACCAAGUAUUGAUGAACGAAAAUGAUCAACAAUCUCUAAAGUUCCUGUGGAGAAGAUGUGAUCAGAACCGGGACCCGGACGUCUAUGUCAUGACGGUCAUGAUAUUUGGGGCAAGCUGUUCACCAAGUAGUGCUCAGUUUGUGAAGAACCGCAAUGCGCAACGUUUCGAAAAUGAGUUCCCAAGAGCGGUUGAAGCGAUAGUUCAUGAGCAUUACGUGGACGACAUGCUCACCAGCGUCGAGACGGAAAUCGAAGCAGAAAAGUUAGCGAAGGAAGUGGAAUACAUUCAUGGUCAAGCAGGAUUCCAAAUUCACAAUUGGCUAUCAAACUCGCAGAAUGUGUUGACAAGGUUGGGAUCGGAAGUCAGAAAUGAGAGAAGUUUAAACACUACAGCUGAGCAUGCAUCGGACAAGGUACUGGGAAUGUGGUGGUGUACCGCAACGGACAUGCUGACUUUCAAAGUCUCACUUCGACAUGACUCCGAUCUUUUAUCAGGUCGAGCCGUGCCAACGAAGAGACAAGUUUUGAGCACAUUAAUGAGGAUCUAUGACCCAUUAGGACUAAUCGCAAAUUUUCUAAUGUUCUUGAAGAUUUUGCUCCAAGAAAUUUGGCGCUCUGGUGUAUCGUGGGAUGAGCCUAUAGGAUACAAGGAAUGGAAUAAAUGGCAGUUAUGGCUGACGGUCCUUCCAAGAAUCGAGUCCGUUCGAAUACCUAGAUGCUACCGGAACUACACAACAGCAGCAGAGUCGAAUAACAUCCAACUCCAUGUUUUCGUUGAUGCGUCCGAAAACGGGUACGCAGCUGUGGCCUACAUGCGUUUCGAGGAAGCAGGUAGCAUCGAGUGUGCACUAAUCGGUUCGAAGACUCGAGUUGCACCGUUACGGUUUGUCUCAAUUCCCCGUCUCGAACUACAGGCUGCGGUGAUAGGAGUACGCCUCGCACGUAGUAUAGUGGAUUCACAUAAAUUGAAGCCCUCGCAAAGGUUCCUCUGGUCCGACUCGCGGGAUGUUAUAUGCUGGCUGAAUUCAGACCACCGCAGAUAUAGCCAAUUCGUAGGAUGCAGAAUCGGGGAGAUACUGGAGCUUUCCGAAGCUUAUGAAUGGAACUGGCUAUCAACAAAAAUCAACGUGGCCGAUGACGCAACAAAGUGGCAACGACUGCCGAAUCUUUCUUCUAACGGACGUUGGUUCCGAGGCCCUUCAUUUCUUUGGGAGACGAAGGAUAAGUGGCCUAUCAUUAGGUCUGAUCCUGGGUCAACACCCCUAGAAUUACGUCCUCACUCUUUGCAUCAUACAUGCCAGCAACCUAUAAUCGACGUAAACAAAUUUUCGCGAUGGAAUCGGUUAGUGCGACAUGUAGCUUUCGUCAGAAGGUUUCCAAUGAAUAUUCGUCGGCUGCUUUUGAGGAAAUCGCUCAUCACUGGUCCGCUAGAACAAGAAGAGCUGGCGCAAGCAGAAAUCUACAUAUUCAAAACCGUCCAAGCUGAAGUAUUUUCAGAAGAAAUAAAGAUUCUCCGAGAAGCAGAUCGAGAACCAUGGAACAGCACGCGAAGCCUGCCCAAGCACAGCGCUCUGUACAAGCUUAGCCCAAGUUUGGAUAACGAGGAGAUAAUACGCAUGAAGGGACGCAUAGAUGCUUGCGAAUUCGCGGAAGACGAUGCCAAGCACCCGAUCUUGCUUCCAAAAUUCCAUCACGUCACCGACUUGAUUUUAUCUGACAUGCACGUAAAGUUCUGUCAUCUAAAUCACCAAACUGCUCUGAACGAAGUGCGGCAGAAGUACUAUGUGCCAUGUCUCCGUACCAUCUACAAACGCGUCCGUAGCCGUUGCCAACUCUGUAGGAUCAGGAAUGCACAACCUCAACCGCCAAUGAUGGGAGAACUGCCAUCGAUACGCCGCCGGGUAGAAAAACGUUGGGGUGUCCUGAUUACCUGUAUGACCGUCAGAGCAAUCCACAUAGAGAUUGCCCACUCACUGACGGCAGACUCCUGCAUAAUUGCCAUCAGAAACUUUAUCGCGCGAAGAGGUAUGCCAUUGGAGAUAAUAAGCGAUUGCGGGACCAAUUUCGUAGGUGCCAGUCGUGAACUUAAGGAAGCUAUACAUAAUAUUGACCAGAACAAGCUAAUCGAGAGUUUCGUAAGCGCCCAAACAAAGUGGUCUUUCAAUCCGCCCGCUGCGCCACACUUCGGAGGAUGCUGGGAAAGGCUUAUCCAGUCAGUUAAGAAAACCCUAAGCAACAUCAAGCCUAAACGUACGCCUACCGAUGAACUGCUUCGGAACAUGCUAACCGAAAUUGAAGCAAUCAUCAAUGCAAGACCGUUAACCGAACUUCCGCUUGAACAUGAAGAAGCCUCGCCACUCACUCCGAACCAUAUCCUCAUCGGAUCAUCGAACGGUUCCAAGCCCCCGAUCGCGUUUAACGACAGUGCUGCGGUAGUGACACGUUCGUGGAAGAUGUCCCAGGUGUAUGCCAACGAAUUUUGGCGCAUGAGGUGA